ACUCUCAUCUCCCAUUCAGUCUCUCUGUAUGUGGCUGAGGGCUGCUCUCUCCUUUUUAAGCCUCUCUUUCCCCCAUAGUACCUUCAUUUCUUCCUAAUUGUGCUUCUCUACCUGCCAGAGGAUGAAUUGAUGACCAUAAACCAGGAUUAAUUUUUUUGUGUCUUCUGGAGGCAGCAUCAUUUUCCUGGAGUCAUCUUUGUUCUACAGCUGCUGAGUGUACAGUGGCUGCUAGUGGGGAAAUAGGUUAGUGUGCCUGUUUGGUGCCGGGCAGCAGAGGUGAUUGAAUGUGCUGUACACGGAGGAGAAGAAGAAGAGGGGGAUGCCUUCUUGGCGGUAGCGCUCUGUAGCCCUGCGACCACUUGGGGAGAAGGUGUCUGGGGAUGCUGGCGCCGAACUCUGACCUUUAGCGAAAGUGUCAGCAACGAAAUUUCGGACAGACGGAAGGAUAAAGCAACAAAUACAGACUUUUUUCCCUCCUUUUUUGUCAUCACGAAAUAGGGCUGACCUGUGUGUCUGCUGUGUGUGGACACCAUGGACAUCAACCUUCAGUCACACCGGUUUUACUUCCCCCAGAUCUACUGUGCUGAACCGGGGGCACAGCCUCAGCUCACUGAGUUCAAAGUCAGUGAGCAGAGUAUCUGCCAGGCGCGGGCCUCGGUCAUGGUCUAUGAUGACACCAGUAAGAAGUGGGUGCCCAUCAAGCCUGGACAGCAGGGAUUCAGCCGCAUCAACAUCUACCACAACACUGCCAACAACACCUUCAGAGUGGUGGGCGUCAAACUGCAGGACCAGCAGGUGGUUAUCAACUACUCCAUAGUGAAGGGCCUCAAAUACAACCAGGCCACCCCAACCUUCCACCAGUGGCGGGACGCCAGGCAGGUCUAUGGCCUCAACUUCGCCAGCAAGGAGGAGGCCACCACCUUCUCCAACGCCAUGCUCUUUGCCCUUAAUGUCCUCAGCGCUCAGGAUGGAGGUCCAGCUGUCCAGCGCCAAGUCCAGAAUGGACCAACUUCAGAUGAGAUAGAAGCUCAGAGAGCGAGGCAGAUGAUUGAGCAGCAGCAGCAAAUGCAGGCACACAUGGAGCGGGAGCGACGGUCGUCCAACUCAGGUUCUCCUUUCCAAGGCCACCCUGCUGUGCUCUCCGUGGCCCCCCCAGUAAUACCUCCUCCAAUGAACAUGGGUGGCCCUCCUCCCCCUCCCCCACCGCCGGGACCUCCACCACCUUCAGCAGGGGCACCCCCACCUCCUCUCCCACCUCCACUUCCCAUGGGUGGAGGGUUUCACGCGGACGAACCCCCCGCCCACACGGGUCUCGCCGCUAUGAUCGCUGGAGCCAAACUGCGCCGCGUUCAAAGACCUCAAGACGACAGCUCUUCAAGCGGCAAAAACGAUGCCAACCGAACAAGUGGAGGAAGCGGAGGACUGAUGGAGGAGAUGAACGCUCUGUUGGCGCGAAGAAGGAAAGCAGCCUCAGAGAGGCCCGAGGACAGCCAAAAUGAUGACCCAAAUUCUCCGUCACCCAGCACCCGGAGUGGACAGAACGCCACAGAUGCUGCAAAGAAGCCGUGGGACCGAGCUAACUCUGCAGACAGGUCAAUGGUUUCAAGGGUACGGCCUGUGGGGGGUGGCAGCGACACAGACUCGUUAGACCUUGAUAGAAUGAAACAGGAAAUCUUGGAAGAGGUGUUUCGUGAAUUGCACAAAGUGAAGGAUGAAAUCAUUGAUGCCAUUAGACAUGAACUCAGUCGAAUUAGCACGACAUAAUCUUUCAGAGCCACUCCCAAACAUGAACCACCUUUUUGAACCAUUGCCCCUGCAGCAGCUGCUGCGGCCCUGAGGAGGAGAAAGAAGGAGGAAGAGGAGGAGAAGGCAGGAACGGAGGCCCAAACUGUGACAUCUACUCAUCCUGUUCAGCUGUGGUGUUGAAGCAACGCGGCAAUGUUGCUGUAACACCUCAGACAUGUCUGUGUAACAUUUGGUUUGUUUGUCUGGACGUGAAUGGGGCACACUCUCGCACUGAUUCCUCUGAUUUCCUCACAUUUUCUGUCUGUUUGUUCGCCCACUUUGCCCCUCUGUCCUCGGCCUGAAGGAAAACGGAUAAAAUGAAUUAUGAUUUUAUUUGUUUUUCUUUUUUUUCACACAGGUUUGUUUUAAACAUUUUAUUAUUCUUAUUAUUAUUACUAUCAUUUUCAUUAUUAUUACUAUCAUUUUUAUGAUUGUCAAUGUAAUGUUGAUAUGAGUAGUAGUAGUGUAGUGAGUACAAUAGUAAUAAUGAGGAAAUGAUCAUGAGAAUAUGAUAGUAAUGAUAAUGUUGAUAAUUAUAAUUGCACAUCAUUUUAUGUAAGCCUUUUGUAUUUUAUAUUAUUUGUUUUCAUUUGUUUUUGUUUUAGAUACAGUUGCAAGCACAUCCCAAAAAUUUUCUCAUUCUCAAACCUGGAACAUUUUUUAAAGGUUUUUUAUCCUUUACGCCAACACAGUUUUGUGUGGAAACACGACCGAAAAAAACAGGCUCCGACCUGAAACCGAGGGUGGAAUUCUUUGGAUAUUGCAAUCUUAUAAACAAAAAAAUAAAUAAAUAAUACACCAGAGUAUUUGUGAUCAUGUUGUUAAUAAAAUGUUUAUUGGCUGCAAGGAUAUGGUGAAGUAUUGUUCAUUUUAUUCUCUCCUUUUAUGACAAAGUGCUUCCUGGUUUGACAAAAAAAAAAAAGAAACACACUAAGUUUAAAAUGAAUUGAAAUAAAACUGUGAACAAUGUCUUGGAUAAAUGAGGCCGUCUCUUUCCUUUUUUGUUUCUGUGGGUGAUAUUUUCAUUCCUGUCUCACUAUAUCUUUUUAAAGACCAAAACCUGUGCUAACUGAAUAUGUGCCAUAAAUUACAGCUGGUGCAGCACAAAGAAGUGUGAAACAUCUGAGCUGCUUCUGUGCAACCGUAUUGUGUUAUUCAAGUGUUGCACACAAUAUAAGGCGCUGUUCAAGUGUCAUACAAAUAUAUUUGCUAAAUAGAGACGAAAGAUAAACCCAAAGACUAUAUUUAUUAGUUUAUUGGGUAUUUAGAAAGUGUUAUAAAAAAUGGAAUU